AUGUAUAAUCCAUGUGGUCGAUAUGGAUAUUGUCGUGAUAAUUCAUAUGGUGAGUGGACAUGUGAAUGCAAAUUUUGGUGGAACGGAACAUUAUGUGAUGAACAAACAAGUAGUGGAAAACAAGUUAUUGCACUUGGUUGUAUAUUAGCUUUUCUUAUGGCAGUUUUUUACGUUGAUCUUGCAUUAAAAAAUGCUAAAAAAUCAGCUCAUAUAUCUUCAUGUUUGAUUGCUUGUUUAACAAUAAUCUUGACUGCUGUAGCACUUAUUUCAAAAUGGUCAUUAAUACAACCAAUACAUAAUGAAGUAGCUGCCAAAUAUCUUACCAAUCAAUCAAUUUAUUAUAAACCAAAUUCUUUUUGUGAUACUAUGUCUCUUCAAGAAUUCAAUGUUAUAACAUUUCCUGUUGCUUGUUUUUUAAUUCUUAUACUUAUAAUAAGAACCAAACGAACAUCAUUAGUGCCCAAUCUAUGUUAUGGAUAUGGAGCACCACCAAUGCCUAUUGAUUUUCUUUCUCAUGUUGAUCGAAAAUUUGCUGCUGUUGUUUUUGCUGUAUGUGCGGAUGAAUUAUUACUUAUAAUGAUAACAGUAAUUAACGGUACUGCAGCAAAAGGUGAAGGUGUUAUUAUUACUUAUCUUCUACGUGUUCUUGAGGUAUUAAUUAUGGGUGUUCGUUAUUAUGCUCUUUUAGCCGCUGUUUAUUUAAAUACAAUUUUUGUAUUAGCAUGUGCAACAAUAUAUGCUUGGCUUGACUAUGCAAUAACGAUAAUUGAUCAAGGUAUGUGUGAAUCAGAUUUUUAUCCAAAAUACGAUGAUUAUUUGAAAAAUGCAAGUACUAUUACUAAUAUGUUUGAUUAUUUUGGUACUGGUCCUAAUUUAAUUGCCAUACAAUUAUGUACAGAUAUACCAAGAUUUUUAUGUUUAGCUUAUAUUAAUGUUAAAAUACCCAUGUUAUUAAUAAGAAAAAUUUCUUUUCGAUAUAAAAAAAAUCUACCAUUAGAAAAGAGAAUGUUAAUGAAAUUAACAAGAGAACAAAGAAUAAUUAUUGGUAUAUCUGAAUCAAAUUCAGUUGAAAUGCUUUAUGUUAAAAAUUUAUUUCAUUCAGCUAAUAAUCGUUCAAAAAGUCAAGCAUUAUUUGCUCGUUUAAUACCAACAAAAAUUUAUGAAUGGAGAGAUGAUUAUCGUUUUUCAACACGAAUUAUUUGUCUUUAUUCAUCAAUUUUUCUUCUUUUAUAUUUUGUUACUAUUCAAGCAUGUGUACAAGUUCUACCUUUAUUAGCAGAUCUUCAACAAGCUAUUCAAAUAAUAGCUGAUUUAAUUUCAUCAAUAUUUAUUUCUAAACCCGAGAAUACUGAUAGUGAAAGUGUAAGUUCUAAUACUUCAAAUUUUCCACUUCCAUCAUUAAUUAGACCUUAUUUAUUUGCUAUAUUUCUAACAUUAAUUAUAAUAAUUAUACAAUUAUUAGUAUUACUUGUUAAUAUUCGUAGAAAUUCAUUUCAAUCAUUUCGUGGUGAUGAUAGUGAAAUACCACGACGACAACGAUCACAUUAUGUUUCUUAUGCAGCAGGAAAUUUUCAUUUUGCUGGAUAUUUUAUUGGCUAUUUAAUAUGGGGUUAUAUGAUUAUAGCAGUAUUUUCAUUCAUAUUAUGUCUAUGUAUUGAUGCAUUUAUUACAUAUGGAAGUGUUCGAUUAAUUGAAAUGAUAUUGAAAAUUGUUAUACCAAGUCUUUUAUUUGUAUUUUUUAAACAAUAUCUUAACAAAAUUCUUGCACAAUAUAUAUUUUUACAACAUUAUGGAGAAGUUCUUGCAUUAAAUAAUCGUCGUUGCUUAAUGAUCUUUAUUUAUUUUAAUUUUUUUCUUGAUGCUUUUCUUGGUUUUAUUUCUUCAAUAGUUCGUUUAAUUAAAAGUAUUAUUGCUGGUAUUGCUUAUAUGUGUCGUUUAGAUUAUUCACCGUUAGGUCGUAAAUUGGAAACAUUGGAUGGUGGUUUUAGUGCUUAUUGUGGUUUUAUACAUACUGAAUGUGCUCAUCGACAUCCAGUUAUGUUAGUUGUUGUUUCACUUCUUUAUACUCAAAGUAAAAUGAAGGAAUUGAAAAUGAAUAUGAUAAAUUCUCAUGAUUUAACAGCCGAUGAAAAAUAUGAAAUAAAACCAAAAUCUCAAUCAAGAUAUGUACGUAAAUGGAAAUUAGCUGUUUUUCUUACACAAAAUCCAACAUUUGUUUUUUUUCGCAAAGCAUUUCUUAAUCAAUUACAUAUAGAAGAAAUUCGUUUUGUUAAUGAUGUUGAUAAUGAUGAUAAAAAUAAUAUACAACGAAGGUUAUCUGUUUAUACACGUCGAAUGUCUGCUGCUCGGUCAAGACAAUUGUCUCUUUUUCGUAAUUGUUUUUCGGUUCUAAAAGAUGGUACAACGGAUCAAGUUGGAAUUAUUAGAAUUAGAAUUUAUAAUAAUAAUUAUCGUUUAUUUUCAUUUUCUUCAAAAAUUAAUAAUAUUGAUAUUGUUGCACCAAAAUUUCAAAUUGAUCUACCAGGAAUAGAAAAUUAUGGUUUUGAAGGUGAAUCAUCAUUUAUGAUAUGUUCACAUGGAGCUGUUGCAUCAGAUUCAGAAGAAGCAUCUAAAGUUGGAAGACGUAUUUUAAAUUUGGGUGGUUCUGCAGUUGAUGCAGCUAUAGCUGUACUUCUUUGUGUUGGUGUACAUAAUUGUCAUUCAACUGGUAUUGGUGGUGGAUUUCUUAUGAAUAUUUAUGAUGUUUCAAAAAAAGAAUGUGUAGCUAUUGAUGCACGUGAAGCAGCACCAUCGAGAGCUCAUCAAAGAAUGUUUGUUGAUGGAAAUCCGCCACCAUCAUCAGUAUCAGGUGGUUUAUCAAUUGGUAUUCCAGGUGAAAUAGCUGGUUAUUGGAGUGCUCAUAAACAAUAUGGCAAAUUACCAUGGUCAGCUUUGUUUAAACCAGCUAUUGAUAUGUGUAAUGAAGGUUUUACUAUACAAAAAGCUCUUGCUUUUAGUAUUCUAAAAAAUAAAAAUAAAUUAUGGAAACAUAGACCAUUCAGACGAGUCUUUUUCAAAGGUGAUUCUGAUGAAGUAUAUGGAUUACAUGAUACUAUUUAUCGACCACGUCUUGGUGAAACUCUUGCAAUUAUUGCUGAAAAAGGACCAAGUGCAUUUUAUGAAGGUGAACUAUCAACGGGUAUUUGUGAAGAAAUUCAAUCACAUGGUGGAAUAAUUACUGAACAAGAUUUGGCAACUUAUCAUGCUCGAGUGAAACCAUCUCUUAAGGUUAAAAUAAAAAAUAAUUAUACAGCUUAUGGUGUGCCACCACCAGCUAGUUCUGCAAUAACUUUACUUAUUCUUAAAGUAAUGGAUGGUUAUAGUCUAACUCCACAAUCAUUAGAUACUGAUGAAAAACAAGUAAAUUUUUAUCAUAUUCUUAAUGAAGUAUUUAAAUUUGCAUACGGUAAACGAUCGGCAUUAGGUGAUGAAUAUGAUUCACAAACGGAUAAAAAUCAAGAAAUUGAACAAUUACUUCAUUUAAUUCUAUCGUCUCAUUAUGCUGAAGAAAUUCGUCAACGAGUUAAUGAAAAAAAAACUCAACCACUUCAAUAUUAUGAACCAAUGUUUGAACCUCAAACAGAUUAUGGAACUAGUCAUUGUUCUAUUAUUGAUGCCGAAGGAAAUGCUGUUGCUGCCACGAGUACAAUAAAUACUGCUUUUGGAGCCUUUGUUUAUGGACAUAAUACUGGUAUUAUCUAUAAUAAUCAAAUGGAUGAUUUUUCAAAGCCUGGUUCACCUAAUUUUUAUGGUUAUGCACCAAGUCCAGCAAAUUUUAUCAAACCUUUUAAACGUCCGAUGACAUCAAUAAGUCCAAUUCUUGUUACUGAUCCAAAUGGUAAAGUUAUUUUUACAGCUGGUGGUUCUGGUGGUAGUCGAAUUAUUUCUUCUGUUGCUCAAGUAGCUAUUUAUAAUCUAUGGCUUGGUAAAAGUAUUCGUGAUGCUGUUGAUAUGCCUCGAUUACAUCAACAACUUAUACCAAUGGAACUUGAAUUAGAAAAACGUUUUCCUGUUAAUGUUGUUCAUGGUCUUCUAGCAAAAGGUCAUACAAUAUCAGGUUUUCGUGGUGGAUGUGUUGUUCAAGCAAUUGAACGUCGUCAUUCGAAUGAAUUAUGGGCUGUAAGUGAUGCUCGAAAAGGUGGUGCACCUGAUGGUCUUGGUUAUACGAAUAUAACAAAAAGUUUUCAAAAUUGGUUUCGUCGAACAUUUAAACGAAGUAAAGAACAAAAAUUACUCGAACAAGCAAUUGAAAAAGGACGAUUAUUAACACCAAAAUGA